GUUGACGGAAAGUUGUUGUGCUGGCUCUGCACACUGUCAUACAAGCGAGCGCUAGCAAAAACAAAAGUAACAGAUCCUGCUAGGCAUUCUCACAUAAAGCUUGGUUCGCGUUCUGGACACCACAAGGAUAAGGAAAGACAUAAGCUGAGUGGCCACAAUAAAAGACCCAAUAGACCCGAUGUUACGAAAAUGCCACAAGAAGAGCCUCCGGCAAAGCUGGGAUUAUAUGAUACAGACAAAGACAUUCAGAGUGUGGAAACACAUGACAAAUUUAAGAAAUUGGUAUCAAGAAAUUCUGGUCCAGUUCGAGAUGACCCAGGAACAGCUGAUCAGCUUGUGCUAAUAACACAGCUAAGGGAACGAAUAGCUCAUCUUGAGAAGCAACUUUCAGGCAAAGAUUCCCAGCUUUUGGCAAAAGAAAAACAGAUGACUGAAUUGAAGGCAAGUCAGUUCACGUUCGAACAGGAGCUCCGCCAGAAGAUGAAGAAUUGCAGCCGGGAUUAUGAAAGCAAAGUAGAGAUCUUGCAGAAGAAGAUUCGUGAACAAAGCCGAGAGAUUGCUGUGUUAAUGAAAGGCAAAAAGAAGGGUGAUAGGAAUGCCACUCUCUCAGCCACAGACGGAGGCUCAUCUGGGACAGACAGUCCUUCUGUAGGUGGGAUAUCUUCAGGUAAAAAAGUAUGAUUAUAAGUUACAAAUGAAACGUGGUAGGCCUUGUUCCAGGUAAAGUAUAAAACCUGUUCAUUUUCGAAGACUAAUAUGUAAGAAAUAUAAAUUAUUAGGGCUUUUUUGUGUAGUAAAGUAAUGGAGUAAAAUGUUAAAAGUCAUGUAAUUCUUAAAAGAAAGUCACUACAUUUUAGCUGACAUUUUCCAGUAUUGUAUUUCAGUUUUAAGACAUUGGUUUUCAUUUUUUUUAAUGUUAUAAGUAGUUGCAUAUUAUGAUGAUCAUGAUUAACUGUAGGUACAUAGCAUAAAGAUAGAUACUGUGCUAUUAACAGUACACCAACUAAAGGCUUGAUAUAUAUGAUUGGGAACUAGUGAUCAGCAAGUGUAUAUAGAUGUGUUCAAACCUAUAUUAAGAAGUGUAAGGCUAUAUAUUUAAUACACACUUUCUGUAGUUAUUUUGGAAGUAAAUGGUUACUGUUAUAUGAUGUAAUGCAGAGAUUAUUAUUCUGUAUUUUGUGAUUAUCAUUCAUCAAUGAAGCAGUUAACAGUGACAAGAAAAAUAUCACAAGAUAUUUUUUUCACAUAAAAUGUAGGUGAAGGGACUGUAAUAUAUCAUGUAUGAUAUUUUUUUAGUAGUUACCCAAACAAUUUUAUUUUGGACUAUGAUCUAAGCAUUGGAAACUAGAACAAAUAGUGAAGAGUAUAUGAUGACCCCAUUCUCCUAAGAUGUAAGAAUUUGAUUUUAGAAAGUAGAUCUUUAUAUUUGGAUUUUUCGACCAUUAUCUUAGUAUACGGAAAUGUAACUAUCUGAUGUUUGUGAAUAUUCAUGGGGGGUCUUAUCUUCAACAAGUUUUCUUUUUUUAUGGUACAUUGUAGUUCUUUCCUUUGAACUACUAAUGAGUAUGAUUGAUUGAAUUCAAUAAAUUUCAUUAUGGAAAAUUGCUCACUUCAAAAGCAUUGUAGUCAAUAUUUGAUUGUAUUGUAAGUGCAGGGAAUGUUUGAGUGAACCUGCAGAUGCUGUAAGUCGAUAUGGUUAUGUCCUAAAUUUACAUGAAAGUAUAGUUUAAACCCAAAUUCAGUUUUGAUUAUAGGUUUGGUUACUAGUAAUGAAACUAUUAAUCUUCUCUAUAUCAGGAAUUUUAUGAAUUUGUUGUAUAUUUGGAUAUUCCUAAGUAGAAUUUGUAUUGCAGCAUUUAUGAUAUUUGGUGUUGUCUUUUUAGACAUUAUUAGAAGCCAUGAUCUUUUUUGUAUAAUGAAGCUGCAAGGUUCCACACAUUCAGAAGAUUGUGAAGUAAUAUUUUAUUAUCAAAAAGACUUUUCAUAGUUUUUAUGGAAUUUUGUAUAUAUAGGAUACUUGUACUUUGUGUUUUUUAAAUCAGUCAUUGGAUUUAUGUAUAUUUCUGAUACUUAACACGAUAUUAACUAUAGUAAUUGUUUCAUGUGUAUUUGCACAGGCUUUAUAAACAGUUUGCUUACUUUUUUGGAUUUGAAAUAAUUGAGUGAUUUUAAACAUUGAUUUCACUGCUGUUGUUUCUGUAUUUCCAAAUAAUUAUUUUUGAGGUCACAAUUUUUGAUAAUUGCAGAACAAAAGAUCACAGUAUUUAUUUAUUUAUUUUAGUAUGUAAUUUGCAGAUAUUGUGUUAAAAGUAAACAAGUGGUUUUGAAGGAUACACAGUCAGUUGCUGUUACAAGCAGUUGUGACAUUGGGUGUUUAGUCUUUUAAAUUAUUUAAUGUACAAUGUUCUGGGCAUUUCUGUCAUGCAUUUGUAAGAUGACAGGUGCAUGUGCCCACUAGAUUUUGAAGUAGGUUUGUUACAUUCUAAUGCAUAAAAUUUAAUAUGAUUUUCACGUAAUCAUGUUCAUCCUAACUUAUUUUCAUAUUGUGAUCUUCAUUUAAUCAUAUCAUAAAAUAAAUGGAAUCAAGAGUCAAAAUCUAGGGAAAUUAUGCAUGGAGAGUGCAAUAAGAUAAAUGUGAAGCAUGACAGGCUAAUAUUUGAAGUCAUAGUUUUAGUUUAAUGGUAAAGAAACAAACAAGGUGUACAAUAUACAGAGGUUAAAAUAUUCCAUUACAGAGAAGACAGUCGUAUUGGCAGGUUCCUUGUAAAAUCUUGUGUAAUGCAAUUGUUCAUAUAGUGUGGUUUUAGAUUGAUCACUUGAAAUUUUGAAGGUACAAGGAAGUGAAUAUUUUUUUUUACUACCAGCCAUAGAAGAUGCAUUUUAUAUACUGUAACCUCUAAAGUGGAUCUUCUAGGAAUAUAUUGAUUAAACAUGUGGUAGUGUGGAGGGAAUUUUGAAGAGCUUUAUUGAUUUAUGUAUUCCAACAUGCACUUAUUCUGUCCAUUAUAGAUUACUUUUCUGUAUGAAACGUGCCCUUUGUAAACAGGCUUUAUGUAAUAAAAUAUAAAAUUUGUC